CAAUUACAUAAACGAAUGUAAUCUCUUAAUGGUGCAGGUGGAUCUUCUUAGUCGAUUACAAUGCCCAUAUUUGGUGGAGUUACUUGGAUAUUGUGCCGAUCAAAACCAUAGGAUCCUAAUAUUUGAAUAUAUGCCUAAUGGUACAUUGGAGCAUCAUCUCCACGAUCACAGUUGUAAGAAUCUAAAGGAUCAAUCUCAACCUUUAGAUUGGGGAACCCGGCUUAGGAUCGCUCUUGAUUGUGCCAGAGCUCUAGAGUUUCUACACGAAAAUACAGUCUUUACGGUGAUCCACCGGAGCUUCAAGUGUACCAACAUUUUAUUGGAUCAAAAUAAUCGAGCUAAAGUUUCGGAUUUUGGAUUGGCAAAAACUGGAUCUGAUAAACUAAAUGGUGAGAUUUCAACAAGAGUGCUUGGUACCACGGGAUAUCUUGCUCCAGAGUACGCCUCUACUGGAAAGCUUACUACAAAAUCAGAUGUUUAUAGUUAUGGUAUUGUGUUACUAGAGCUCUUAACGGGUCGUACACCGAUCGAUUCAAAGCGUCCGCGAGGACAAGAUGUCCUUGUCUCAUGGGCUCUUCCAAGGCUAACCAAUAGAGAGAAAAUUAGUGAAAUGGUGGAUCCAACCAUGAAAGGUCAAUACUCACAAAAAGAUCUUAUUCAGGUAGCAGCCAUAGCAGCAGUGUGUGUGCAACCAGAAGCAAGUUACAGACCGUUGAUGACGGACGUUGUUCACUCGCUCAUUCCCCUUGUUAAAGCUUUCAACAAAAGUUCUGAUUCUUCUCGGUUUCCUAGCCGUCGAGAAAGCUUGUCAUUUGAUGAUAUUAUGCCAUGACACUAUUUUGUUUAAUAUGUAAUUAUAUUCCCUUUUUAAGUUGAGAUCAUCUUUGCUAUUGUAUCUUUGAAAAGAUAAAUGAAUCCAUUUAUCUUUGUAAAAUUUAUGUUGGAGUCCAUACAGCUUUUUUUACAACUA